UGUCAUUUCUGUUGUAAUUUUUUAGAUUGGCCGCUAGGGGGACAUAUCGCUAGGAGGUUAGCUGAAUGAGACUGGCGGCUCCUGUAGCUACGCUAAACAAAAUAUCAGCAGUGUGGACUUAUUUCAUAAUAUGUGAAGAUGACAGAAGCAAGGCCGAGUGCAAACUGUGUACUGGUAAGGUGUCCAGGGGAGGGAAGGAGAGUACAUCGUUCAAUACAAGCAAUUUAAUAAAACAUCUGAGGACACAUCAUGCGCUGGAGUACACCGAGGCUAACGCAAGACGAGAACAGCCACCUUUAACUCGGGUUUUGGAAAAAUGUCAAGAGAAAAUCCACGGGGAGUUAAAAUAACAGAGGCUCUGACUCAUUUUAUCGCUCUGGAUGACCAGCCACUGUCGGUCAUGGAAAACGUAGGAUUUCGCCGUCUUCUCAGCAUACUCGAGCCGCGAUAUGAGAUUCCCAGCCGCCCAUACAUUACGGACAUAAUGGUUCCAAAACUUUCAGAAGAGGUAAAAAAAAACAAACAAACAUGUGCAUAACCUCAUGCAGGAGGUUUCAGCCUUAAGUUUGAAUACAGACAUUUGCACAAGCAGUGUGUGCCCGAUGUCACUCCUCAGUUUAACGGCGCAGUGCAUUGAUGAGGAGUUUGUCCGUCAUCAAGUCACACUACAUGCAAAGUCGUUCAGGGGCUGGCACACCAGCCAAACCAUCGCAGCUGCUUUCGAUAGCAUGCUUCAGACCUGGGAUAUACCGAAGACGUCCGUCCACAUAGUGCUCUGGGACAACGCAAGAAUAUGAUAAAGGCCAUGAGUGAUGCUGAGCUGCCCAGCCUACCUUGCACUGCUCAUACUCUCCAUCUGGUUGUUCAUGAGGGCCUUCUGUCACAGAGGAGUGUUGCUGAUGCGGUGGCAGUUGGCCGCAAAAUAGUUGAACAUUUUAAACAUUCUGCUCUGGCCAGCUCCCGUCUCGAGGACAUUCAAUUACAGAUCAACCAGCCUGCGAAGCGGCUCCAGCAAGACGUUCAGACCCACUGGAACAGCACCUUUUAUAUGAUACAGUCAUUAAUCGAGCAGAAACAGGCUCUGUGAAUAUUCGUGUCUGAAUAGGGACUCCCUGAUACGCUCAUGGCUCACCAGUGGACACUGCUGGAGAAGGUGAUAUCUGUUCUGGGUCCAUUGAAGGAGUUAACUCAAAAAGUCAGCUCUUCAGAUGCCAUGGCUGCAGACGUCAUUCCAGCCGUCACUGUGCUCCACAGAUUUCUAACAAGGGAGACUGAUGAGGACCAUGGGAUCAAAGCAAUGAAGGGAACCUUGGCUGCAGCUGUCAGGACACAGUUCACUGAUGUGGAGGAAAACCCACUGUAUAGCAUCGCCACGCUACUCGAUCCCAGAUAUAAAAAUCGUUUUUCUCCAGCACCACAACUGCUGCAAAUGCCAAAGAGAUGCUGAAACUUGAGCUGCUAAGGUUGCCCCGAGACAAGCAGGAGGAUCAUGACCUGAAUGAACCACCUUCAAGAAAAGCACACAAUGACCAGCCCACUACUAGUCUGGACAGCAUGUUUGAUGAAAUUGCAGAUGAGCAGGCAUCAGCAUUGGUGGGCAGA